CAUUUCAUUUUGGAAAUCGGUCGUGUACAUACAUUGAAAUAAGCGACAAUCUAAAACGUUCACUGUCAAAUUACAGUUUGUUUAUCAAAUCACCAAAAAAACAUUCCAUUUCUUAUCGAUAUGACGGCGAGCAUCGAUUGAAGUGUUGACUCUGGAAUUCUAAUACUUAUAUUAUUAUUUUUUUCUUCGUUUUUCUCACAUUGUGUUUACAAAGAUUAAAAUAAAAUGGCCAGUCGAUUCAAACAUUUAUUUAACAAAUAUCCAUUUAUAUCGAAUAGUGUGAUUUAUGGUUCUCUCUAUAUGACAGCCGAAUGUUCACAACAAAUCGUUACGAAAAAAUUUCUAACUCAACCACCGGAAAAUUUGGACGGCGGUGCACUCGUUCGAUAUGGCAUUAUGGGAACAUGUCUGUACAGUCCAAUGCUGUAUACAUGGUAUAAGUGGCUUGAUGGAACAUUUCCAGGGACAACUAAACGAAUUAUUAUAAAAAAACUAUUUUUGGAUCAAUUUUUGAUGACACCACAAUUGCUUGUUGUUUUUUAUACGGGAAUGGCGUUGAUGGAAAGAGCUGAAGAUCCACUAGCCGAGCUUAAAGAGAAAUUUGUGCCGACAUUUGCGCGAUCGUGCCUGUUUUGGUUACCCGCGCAAACAAUCAACUUUUAUUGCAUACCACCACAUUUACGUAUUGUUUACAUUGGCACCUGUUCGCUCAUAUGGGCCAACAUUUUGUGUUGGGUGAAACGGCAAAACAACAUUCCAAACGAUGCGUCGGAACAACAUUGAAAAUAACAUCACACAAUAAAAUGAUUAAUUUCAUUUUUUUUAAAGAAGAAGAACAAGAGCGUAUAGAAAAAAUUGUUGUAAA